AUGUCUACGUUUCCUGACGAGAUUACUUGGUUGCUUAAUAAUUUAGCUUUAAAGAUAAUUCGAGGAAGUGAAAGUGAACGAGUAAAAUUACCUUGGAUUAAAAUUGUUAAAAUUGUUGAUUUCAGAAAAUAUAUUUAUCGUCGAUUUAGUUGA